AUGGUUUUGGAAGCUGGUUCAAAUCCGAUAGAGACCAUAAAACACCCCGGCGAGUUUGACACAAUGUUGAAAACGGUUCUGUAUCCCAAAAACUACGAUUCAGUUUCGGGAUGGAUUCCCGAUGUCGGUGACGGAGAAGUUUUAAAAGAACCGGUCAGAACUGUAGCAAAUGACGCAGACCUUGCUAGGAUAAGGGUAGUUGCUAGAAACACACUGGAAAGAGUGACUCGCGGAGUAAAUCACGGAUUUGAAAAACGAGCGCUUCAAUACAACAAUGUUGUCGAGAACAACAGAUGGGGUAAUUACGUAAAUUGGAAGUUGUAUCCUUUAUUUGGUCUCUUGGAACACAGAAAGGUUUCCUUAGGUUUACCGUAUAAAAUUCAUUUGCAAAGAGAAAUCAACGACAACAAGAUAUUCUUUGGUGAAAACAACUCUGACGCAAAAUUGGAAAUAACGAAUAUCCAACUUUACAUACCGUUAAUCACUCCUUUCGUAGAAGUGGAAACGAGAAUAUUCAACUCUUUAACCAAAGACAUCGAAAUUGCUUUUCUUCGUUGUAACACGGUAGGUAGCAUGACUUUAACGGGAGAAUCCACCAUGUGGCCAAUCACCAACACCGUCAAACCAGCGAGAUAUCUAAUGAUCGGUUUCAAAAACUUGCCAGAUUCUCAGACAAACAACAACAACAUUUUCAGAGUGGCAUUGAACCAUACUCAAGAUCCCGUCAGAUUGAACCACGAUAAUUAUCCCAAUCAACCUUUGACAAUUGAUCCUUCCAAAAAAGAUUACAACGAAUUGUACAGAAACUAUAAAAACAUGUGCGAAUUGUUUGGAAAUACGCCUCAGUUUGAAUACACAGAUUUUUCAAUCAAUCAUCCAAUCUUUUGUUUCGAUCUGUCAGCUCAUCAAGAAGAUCUUCUCAAAACAGGAGUAAACAUAAAUAUUCACAUCGAUAAAACACAAGGAAAUGUAACCGGCUACUGUUUAUUGCUGGAAGAAGCAAAACAUUUGAUUAAAAUAUCAGAAACUUUAGUUAUGAAAAUAAUAGAAGCUAUGGAAACGAAUUCGCCGUCUCUAAUAACUUACAACGGUAAAAAAGUGCAUAUAACCCAAAAGAUUAUCGAUAAAUACAAACAUUGCAAAGUCAGAGACGAUAUAGACUUGGAAAGAAUUGAUGAGAAUUUAACUAAAAAAGGUGGAUUUUUACCUUUCUUACCUUUAAUCUUUGCUGGUUUAGCUGCAGCUGGUGCAACUGCUGGUGGAGCUGCUGGGAUAGCCAAAGCUGUCAACGAUAAGAAAGCUGAAGCCGCUGCAAACGCCGAAGCACGUAGACACAAUUUGGCAAUGGAAAGAGAAGCACGAGGAGGUUCGGGAGUAGGAGAUAUAUUAGGGACGGUUAAAGAAUUCGGACAAAGAUUUGGCGAAGAAACCAAGAAAACCGUUAAAGAGGGAUUAAGCAAGUUAAUAGAUAGAAUCGACACUGGAGAAAUGAAGGUCAAACACAAGGGCAACGCCAUAUUUUUUAAAAACAUACGUUCGGGCGAGGGAAUCUUCCUUUAA